AUGCGGGUCAUCCUGACCCACUCCACGGCCGGGAGCAUCGCGCGCCCUGACCCAUGCAGCACCGUCUUCGCCAUGCCCCACAAAGCGCAGUCUGUGUACGCCGCAUCCCUGUCGCUGCCUGCCAAGCUCUCGGCGUCCUAUGAGUAUCCACAGCUUGCUACUCACGAUACCCAUCAAGGUGGAACAGGUGUUAACCAGCUGGGCGGAAUGUACGUGAACGGACGACCUCUUCCGGACCACGUGCGACACAAGAUCGUCGAAAUGGCGCACUCGGGCGUGCGGUCCUGCGAUAUAUCACGCAUACUUCAAGUGUCCAACGGAUGCGUGUCAAAGAUACUCGCAAGAUACUACGAGACCGGUUCCAUCAAGCCACGGGCCAUCGGCGGCAGCAAGCCGCGCGUGGCCACCCCCAGCGUGGUGAGCAAGGUGGCCGAGUACAAGCGUGAGUGUCCGUCCAUCUUCGCGUGGGAGAUCAGGGACAGACUUCUGUCCGAGGGCGUGUGCAACAACGACAACAUCCCCAGCGUGUCCUCAAUAAAUCGGGUGCUGCGUAACUUAGCGACGCAGAAAGAACAAUCAGCAGCAAAUGUCGGCAACAGCGAAAGCGUUUACGACAAACUGCGAAUGUUCAACGGAGGCGCCGCGGCCGCGGGCUGGGCGGCGUGGUAUCCUUCCGCGGCCGCACCUCACCUCGGUCUGCCUCAACACCCGAACUCUGCGCUGCACGGACUACCUCGCGAUGACACUAAACGAGACAUUUCCCCCGCCCCCUGCAAUGGGGGUGUGAUGGGGCCAUACGGUCUCACCCCCCACCACAUCGCCUCCCCCGCACUCCUGCGAUCCCCGGGUUUGUUCUCCCCGAGCGACAACAACAACGAAGCAACAAGUGACGGUAACAGUGAGCACAACAGCUGUUAUCACAUGUCCGUUGUUACCGUCAUGACAGUUGUUAUCACCUGUUAUCACUCAGGUUUGUUCUCCCCGAGCGACAACAACAACGAAGCAACAAGUGACGGCAACAGUGAGCACAACAGCAGCACAGACGAGGACUCGCAGCUUCGGCUGCGGCUCAAGCGCAAGCUGCAGCGCAACAGAACGUCCUUCACUAACGAACAAAUUGAUGCCUUAGAAAAAGAGUUCGAGAGGACACAUUAUCCUGACGUGUUCGCCAGGGAGCGCCUCGCAGAGAAGAUUGGCCUCCCUGAGGCCAGAAUCCAGGUUUGGUUCAGUAACCGCAGAGCUAAGUGGCGUCGAGAAGAGAAGCUACGCAACCAGAGACGCUCCACGGAGCAGGUGGGGGGCGCGGGGGGCAUGCCCCACGGGGGGAACCCUGCCUCCAGACUCCCCCUCCAGAGUGGAUUUAACUCCAUGUAUCCAGGCAUCCACCAGCCCAUCGGGGGCAUGGCUGACAGUUAUGCGAUGUCAGGAGGACUAAGCAGCAUGGGUGGGGGUGCGGGAGGCGGGUGUCUACAGCCCCAUAGGGAUGGCCACCCAACCGCCGCCCAUACGCCUUAUCCCUACAUGUUCCACGACCCUCUCUCGUCUCUAUCCUCGUCCUCCCUCUCCCCCUCGGCCUUAUCCUCGAGCUAUCAACGUACGUCAGGUAACCUGACGUGUGCCAACGUCACGUCUCAGAGCGUUGCGUCUUUCAACGCCGCUGCUGCGUCGCACGCCGCCGCGUCAUACGCAGCAGCGACGCACGCCGCAGUCGCCGCUACGUCAUCAGCGUCGUCUACUGGAGUGAUCAGUGCCGGAGUUUCGGUGCCUGUUCAGAUCCACAGUCAGACCCCCGACCUCGUCGCAGCGAACUACUGGCCCAGGCUCCAGUGAUGGGGGGCCAGCGCUCCCUGGGGCGACGUCAUUGGCCUCGGGGAGAAAUGAUUGGCCCCCCGAUCAUCGUCUGAUCGGCACCCGAUCAUCGUCUGAUCGUCACCCGAUCAUCGUCUGAUCGGCCCCCGAUCAUCGUCUGAUCGGCACCCGAUCAUCGUCUGAUCGGCACCCGAUCAUCGUCUGAUCGGCACCCGAUCAUCGUCUGAUCGUCACCCGAUCAUCGUCUGAUCGUCACCCGAUCUGAUCGUCACCCGAUCAUCGUCUGAUCGUCCUCUGAUCAUCGUCUGAUUGGCACCCGAUCAUCGUCUGAUCGGCACCCGAUCAUCGUCUAAUCGCCUUCUUAUACCGAAAAACUUUCUCUAGAAAGGAAUUGAUUGCACUACCAAGCGCAAAAAAAUGGGUUUCGCUUUUUGCGAUUAAAUCAGCAAACCUAUAAACAAAACGUGGUCAGUAAAACCUGCUGUCAGUAAAUCGGUGUUUUUUAUAUAAUUUGAGUGUUGUGUGUUAAAAAAAUUCAGUUCGAAAUAUGUGAAGAAGACUUUUAGCUCACAUUAAAGUUGGGGCUGUGGAAGUAAUGUUCAUUAAUACUAACAUUUUAAAUUCGACCACAAUCGCAACAAAGGGCCACGAUUCAUGGCAAUUGAUGACAAAUAUAUUAAUAAAGAACCUACACGAAUAAUAUUAUACUUCGUAUAAUAGAAAAUCCCAGGUCGAUCGCAUUUUAAAGCCAUCACGGAACAACUCAACCUGAAUUUGAAGUUAUCAAUAGAAGUCCGUAUCGAAGAUUAUGUUGUAAUUAUGUAUAUGUGUAAAUAUAUUGCUUCAAUCAGAAGCUUCCACUCACUGAUCAUGAGGGCUUUUUCAUAGAUGUAAAUAUUUUCCUUUUCAUAGCGUCAUCAGUGAUAACUCUUCCGUAGUCAGUCUAUUUUAGCUGCCCAAUAGACAAUGCAAUGAUUCACUAUCGACACUUUGUUCAGGAAAGCUGAAUAGAUUUCUAUAUACAAAAUGGGUGCUUCCAGACAGUGAAUAGUGCGAGAAUUUAUUACCAAUACAAAAAACCAAGAAGAAAUUUGCAUACAAUUUUUGCCAAUGCCAAUAAUUUAGAAAAAUGUAUAUACCAAUUCGCCUCCCGUACUCUGCAGAAAAGUGUUCUUUGGAAUUUUUUAUGUUAAUGUCACAUUCAACUGUGACAGUUAAAAUGUAAAGGAAAAUAAGAAGAAUGGUGCAAUUUAUGCUGUAGUACGCGGUGACAUCUAAACCUUACGUUAAUACAGUAAAAUGCAGUUUUCAAUAUUACAAAUUUCAUUCUUUAAUUUUAGAUAAAUUAAUAAUACAAAAUUGUCAAAAGUUUAUGCGCGAGACAUAGACUGAACGAGUCGCAUAGAAUGAAAUCGAAUUGGCUCCCCCCGGCCCAAUUACGAAGCAUAUCUCGCAAUUCGCUAACGAGAUCGACUGGGGCUACAUUACGAGCGCAGCGCACAUUCUUCAUUGUUGAACGCGAGUCCAAAAGCUUAUUUGCAUUUACGAGUAAUUGGAUGAACGCGUCAAUCCGCCAGCUCGUCGCCGUCCAAUUCUGUCGCGAGUAUUAAAAGAAUCGGUCUGACUUUUUCAACUCAGGAAUUUCGUGUUUGCGUUUUUCUAUAAGAGCCUCAAUAAGCAGUACGAUUUAUAAAAUCAACGACGAAAAUUUUAAAUCAGCACUGAUUUUUGUUCGUUCGCGCGUGCAAUGUCCAGCAAUCACGGCAAUUCACGAACUACUCGACCAGUUUGUGACGGUCAAAAAGCCCCGACUUUCAAAGGUCGUAUCACAAAUUUCACGCUGAUCAACGCCAUUAAUUUUGUUUAUUGGAUGUGCAUGCAAUGCUAGGAACGCCGCACUUGUGCCACCAAAGAACUCAAUUCAUUAUUGCUUCAUCAAGUUGUAAUUGGGUGCGCUUGUUUUGCAUAAUUCCCGUUUAAAUUAGCAGCUCUGAACGUCGCCCUGACGCGAGAGUGUGGCCGCUCACGCGCAGCAAACGCGAUGACGCGAUCAUUUGAAUUGGUUUCUCCGCGUCCGCUCGCACGGAAAUAUGCACGCGUCCGUCGCUCUCAAAUUACAACCGAUAAAUUUCCGGAAUCGCUGAAAAAAAGUGAACCUCGGUGGUACCCGCGACUGCCUUCUCUCUAUUAGAAAAUCCAUUUGUGGAUAUUUUCAUGAUUUAUAUCAACCUGUGAACGUUUGGUUGAUGGGUGGCUGACGUAUAUAUGUCAAUACCAUCAUUAAACCCAAGCACUAACUUUAAACCAUGUCGUUGAAAAAAUAACUCAAACGAAAAAUUAUGAUAAGCAACAAUUUUGUUAGUUUUGUAUUGACUGGAUCCCGAACCAUUAAAACUCGUGAAACUUUCGCGGAAUUUGGACCCAAACAGAAAAUUCGUCCAAUCUAAACCAGCGUCCUGAACUUGACGCUAUCGCUUGGCUCGCUCAGCUCCGUUAAAAUAAUCAAUUGAACCAGCAGCUAUCAGCAGCAACAUCAAAACCGAGACGGGAAAUGCUUUUAUCAGAUGGAAACGAUGGUCUCACUUGAGUGAACAUAUAUUUCAGUGCGCAAUUCAGCGUGAAAUUAGCGACAAAAGCGUCCGGCCAGAGGGACUUGUCAGGGCGGCGGCCAUGUUGGCUGCGGCUCGAGGGAGUGUCACUAGCAUUCCCAAUUUUUCCUCUACUCCCUAAUUAUAAUGGAACUGAAAAAAGGAACUGAUUAAGAUUUGGGAAUAAUCACCCUAUUAAGAAUAAUCACCUAUUUGAUAAUAAACGUCCAUUUGGGAAUAAACGCCCAUUUGGGAAUAAACGUGCACUUGGGAAAAAUCACCCUACUGAGAAUAAUCGCCCAUUUAGUAAUAAACACCCUUUCGUGAAAAAUCAAUCGAUUGGUAAAAAUCACCCAUUCUGGAAUAAUCACCCAUUUGAGGAUAAUUUUCCCUUUGGGGAUAAUCACCCAUUUUAAAAUAAUCAUCCUAUUUGCUUGGGCAAUGAGGCUAUUAUUAAUCAGAGCUGGACAUACUUAAAAUAAACCAAUCAAUAAUAUUUUAUACCCAAAAUUCAGAGGAAAUUUAA